GCACAGACAACUGAUCAAAGCUUUUGCAAGAGAUCAAGAGAAGAAAAAUGAAAAGAGAUGCAGAUCAGGCAGAGGCAGCAGAUCUAAGGUUAUCGGCUUCGGGACGAAAUGGGCAUUCCCAACAAGUCAACAGCCCUACCAUCACCACAGCUACUACAGACGUAUGUGGCUCGACCUCAGAUCCCGUUAAAAGGAGGAGAAAAAGAACGUGGCAUUCAAAAUGAUGGUGAGUUUAAUCUUGAAGAUGAGGAGAAUCUUAAGAGCAAAGGAACAGUACCAGUUAUUAAUGGGUCUGCAGGUUCCAAGGAUUCGCUUCAGGAUCAGACCAAUCAAAGUGAUCAAAGAGACGACAAUUACAUCACCAAAGGAGAUGAGUUGAAAGAGGCAGAUCAUCUUGAAACGGAAAACAAAAGGGUACCGUUCUGGCGUAAACUGAUAGCAUAUCGCCCAUGGAAAUCUAAACGUUCUAGCUCUGAUCUUGAACGCAAAGGUACUAAUUUACAUUCAGACCAUAAGACAUGAAUUAGCACAUUAAUCUCAUCGUACGUAAUUUGAAAUUAACAAUUUUUAUAAUUUUUUUUAUACAUAA